GACUCUAUUAGUCAACGAGUCCGUAUGUACCUCUCCUUUCUCAAAAAUAAAAAUCCUCAUAAAAUAAUAAAAGAAAGAAAAAGUAGGUGGUGGUGGUAGUAAAUAAGAAAUCCUAGAAUCUACUGUAUUUUGUAGAUAAAUUCAUUCAUUAAUCUUGUACUAAAAAAGAGAAUAACCUUCAAGAUUUAUCUUAUUACUUCUCUAUUUUGAAAUCCACUUGUGGUUUUCCGACGCCAAAUUGGUGGUUUACGAAGGGGAAAUCGGUGGUUUUCCGUGCGGAUAGGGCAUGGGAAGGUCCGGUAAUGGUCCGCGUAGUUAUUCUGUGAACGGGAAUGAUUAUAAGAUUCUUGAAGAAGUUGGAUUUGGUGCAAGUGCGACUGUUUUUCGAGCGAUCUAUAUUCCGUAUAGUGAAGUUGUUGCUAUCAAAUGUUUGGAUCUUGAUCGAUGCAAUAGUAAUUUGGAUGACAUCAGGAGGGAGGCACAAAUGAUGAGUUUGAUUGAUCAUCCAAAUUUAGUCAGAGCAUAUUGCUCAUUUGUUGUGGAACGGAACUUAUGGGUUGUAAUGCCAUUUAUGGCUGAAGGUUCUUGCCUACACUUGAUGAAGAUAGCAUAUCCGGAUGGGUUUGAAGAACAUGCAAUUUGUUCUAUCUUGAAAGAAACACUAAAGGCUUUGGACUAUCUUCAUCGACAUGGUCAUAUCCAUCGUGACGUGAAGGCCGGGAACAUCCUACUUGAUACUAAUGGACUUGUGAAGCUUGCUGAUUUUGGUGUCUCUGCUUGCAUGUUCGACAGUGGGGAUAGGCAGCGAUCAAGAAAUACAUUUGUUGGAACUCCUUGCUGGAUGGCACCUGAGGUGCUGCAACCAGGAAGUGGAUAUAACUUUAAGGCUGACAUUUGGUCAUUUGGAAUUACUGCACUAGAGUUAGCUCAUGGCCAUGCACCCUUCUCCAAAUAUCCUCCCAUGAAGGUUCUGCUUAUGACCAUACAGAAUGCUCCUCCUGGACUUGACUAUGAUCGUGACAAGAAGUUCUCAAAGUCAUUUAAAGAAAUGGUUGCGAUGUGUCUGGUGAAAGAUCAAACAAAGCGGCCAACUGCCGAGAAGCUCCUUAAACAUUCUUUUUUCAAACAUUCCAAACCGCCUGAGCUUUCUGUGAAGAAAUUGUUUGCUGACUUGCCACCACUAUGGGAUCGUGUUAGAGCCUUGCAGCUUAAAGAUGCUGCUCAACUUGUUCUUAAUAGGAUGCCUUCCGCAGAGCAAGAGGCUAUAUCACAGAAUGAGUACAAGAGAGGUGUUAGUGCCUGGAACUUUGAUGUUGAAGACUUGAAAGCGCAGGCUGCCCUGGUGCAAGAUGAUGAUAUGGCAGACAUUAAGGAAGUUGAUGAAAAUGUAAAGUCUGCUCAUAGCAGUAAGGAUGCAACGGACUCUGGAUCUAUGUUAGGAAAAAACAUUUCCCUCGACCAUUUUGUUUGCAGAGAACAAGGUAACACUGAUGAGGCAGUCGCAAUGCGAACUGAAGGUACCAGCAGUAGAUUUACAACUGGAAGUGAGUUAGGCUCUUCUGAUCAUCCGAAAAAUAUUCUGGAGAAAGCAGGGUCAGAUAUUGAAUCAACAGCACCCACUUUUGAGACAGAAACCGUACAAGUGAAAGUUAACUCUCAAGCAGUGAGAGGUCGUCAAAGUCAGAGUGGGCCUCUCAUGCCUGGAAUUGUGCUUGGACAGACAUCCAUGGAAAGAUGUCGUGUCUCUGAAAGGCCUGAGAACGAAAAUCAAUCAACAGUGGAGAAAAGUAACCGAGGCUCACGUAGGGCACCAAGCUUUAGUGGUCCAUUGAUGUUGCCAACACGAGCUUCAGCAAAUAGUUUGUCAGCGCCAAUCAAAUCUUCAGGAGGGUACAAAGAUUCUUUAGACGACAAAUCAAAAGCCAGUUUGGUUCAAAUCAAGGGCCGGUUCUCUGUAACAUCCGAGAGUGUAGAUGUUGUUAAGGAUAUGACUUCAUCUACAUCUCGGAGAUCUUCACAGGGCUCACCUUUAAGGAAGUCAGCUAGUGUUGGUGACUGGAUCUCUGAAUCUAAGCAUACUAUAACCAGUCAAGCAACCAGAGACACUAAUGUCUCCGCUUCACUUCUUUUGCCUCACCUUCAAAAUCUCUUUCAACAGACUGCAAUCCAGCAGGAUCUGAUAGUGAGCUUGUUAAAUAGCUUGCAAUCAUCAGAAGUUGGUGGCUGUCCAAAUGGAAAGCUUCCAGCAGUAUCAUUAUCUGGUAGUCAGGAAAAUGGAAAUAUUGAAACGGUCGCUUCAGAAAGGGAGCGAUUACUUCUUAAUAAGAUAUCAGACCUUCAAUCAAGGAUGGCCAACUUGUCUGAAGAGUUAAAUGCUGAGAAACAAAAAUAUCUGCUGUUGCAACAACAGAUAAAUGCUGUUUCCAGUCAACAAGAAGAUAAAAGAGAGGAAUGAACUAUUUACUUAGGAGACAGCUCUAAUUUCUUGUACAGUUGGAGUAUAGUGUAUAUUCAGGCAACAGCUCUUGAGCUCACCACCUAUCCUUUGGCAAUGCUAUAAAGAACAACUCAAGCUGAUCCUUCGUUUCGAAAGGAGGAAAGAGCUUCUGGCCCUCCUUUCUGGAUCAUGUUAUAUCAGCGACAAGUUUUUUUCAUAAAUGCCCUGAGCUCUUGGAAAAGUGAUGACAGUGACGAUUAAAGAUGAUUAUAAUUCUUUUCUUGAUUCUUGAUUGUUGGUCUAAGAACUAAGAAGGAAUCUAAAGGAAGCUUUUCCUGUAUAUUUCAGAGCGUGAGGAGUUUGUACAGGCUGUUUUGAAAACUUUGGUGGUGCUAUUGGUUUGUUUGUAUUUAAACUUCUAUAUAUCAUUUCUUCAAUGGUUUGAGCAACCUUAUAAUGAAUGUUAAUAAGGUUUAAAAUAAGCUCAAUUUGUAUCUUAACAUUUUAUUUCGAAGCCAUUGUUCUUGCCGACUCUUCACCUUAGGAAAUCUUCUUAAGAAUAGAUAGUGAUGUAUUUUUUUUUUCGUAUCCUAAGAGAUAUAUAUUAGCUUUUUAUUGUUGUCAAAAAAUUUUGGGCUUUGGGAAUAAUUGUUGGAAUCAUCAUUCCA